AUACAUGAACUUGUGGAACAAAUCAAUCAGAUGAAAGUUCAUCGGGAAUUCUAUCUAGAAUUUAGUCGCGAUCCACAAGCAUUUAUCUCUCGCUGGCUUGCUAGCCAAUGUCGAGACUACUGGGUUAUGACAGAUGCAACACCCGGACAUCCCGAGGAGGAACGUCGCGCGGAUUUCUAUCAAGCUCAGUGGACCCACGAGGCCGUGAUGCGAUACUUCUACAAUCGGGUUCGUAAACUUAUUAUUCGCAAUCAUGCUUUCGUUGUUUCCCAUUCCGAUUUAUUUGUCUAUCACGGUGAAUUAUUUGUGGCCAUCCAUUGUAGGUUUUAG